GCAGGGAGGUAUAAAGAGAGGGAGGGAGUAAUAUAAGAGAGGCAGCCAUAGAGGGAGAGGUGACAGAGUAGAUUAUCCUCCUCUCCUCUCCUCCUCUCUGCCAGCCUCAUCAUGGUCAUGCUGCAGAUGUUGACUGUUAUCUCGCUGACUGUUAUCCUCCUGGCAUCUGUGGAAGGUAAAGGCGUGCAGAUGCAGAGAGAUGUCCAGUGCUGCAUGUUGUACUCCCAGGGCAAGGUGCGUACCAAGGAUGUGUUGCGGUUUGAGGUGCAGACGGAGGGGCCCGACUGCAGUAUACAAGCCAUCAUUCUUUACACGAAGAAGGCGGUGAAAUGUGCAGACCCCAGAGACCGGAAGGUGAAGAGGUUGCUGAGAAAACUCCUGCAGAGACAGAGAACCAAGGCCCACCGAACCAUGUGGCUCCUUCCUCAUGACAACCUGCCUGUCAUGUCAGAGGACAAGAAAGAUAACUGGGCGGUUCUCAACGUGGAGUGAUGAAGUGGAGGAAAAAUCACAGUCAUAAGCCAAGUAAACUUCCAGCAGCUCGUCUUCUUAACAUGGCAAAGCUCGCAGAUUCUCCAGUUGUCUCCGUUCUCUCUCUGUCUUCUCUCUCUGUCGCACCCUGGGACCAGACCUGGGCAGCAAUACAAAUUUCAACGGCUUUAGAUAUUUAAAUAUGAACUGUGCUUGAAAUACUCCCAAACACGUGGCUAAAAACAAUAAGUAGGAGUGAGGAGUAUUUACUUGUAAGAUAAGUGGACUUUUUGGGGGGGGGGGUGGAUUUAAUGGCUCAUACUGUUUUUGCCGGAGUCUGCCUGGAAGAGUCUCCCUCUACAACAAUAUAACUACUCGUGUCUGAUGUGAAACCAGUGAAAAAGUUGUACUUAAACAAAUGAUAAAUUAGCAGUGAUAUUAAUAUUGUAAAGCAACCAGACACUCUAUAUGUAUCUGUGACUUGUAAACCUUCAUAAAUGUGUAAUGACAGAGUAAAGUAGAUGGGGCUUCGUCGAGUGUGCAGAAUAUUUGGCAACUAAUAUUGAUUUGCACCUCGUUUUGAAUAAUUCAGGUCUUAGUUGUCUUAAAAGUAAAAAAAAAAAAAGCACAAAAAAAAUAAUCCUAUCCUUGUUCAGGCUUUGAUUUUCUGUAUCCGACUGUUAGACAGAUCAACUCUCUGUCACAUAAAGAGCAAAUAUUCCUGACAUUCUGUCCAUUCUGUACAUCAACUGUUUGUAAAUUCAUUAUGAAACCCAAGUCAGUCUUUUGAAACAACGUCCUCUGACGUCAACCAGUUAAUUCACUUGCAGUUUACAUUUGUCUUUUUCACCUAUAGUCCGUCACUAAACGAUGCCAAAGUAUUCAUGAUUCAAUUCACCACAUGGCAAGGCUGUUAAAACUUAGAGGGCUCAACUGUGUGUGGACACACACAAGUAAUGUAUGUAGAAGAAUGCACUGUAUGUUUAAACACAGUAUCUCAAGUAAGCUAUUUUAUAAAUUAAUCUGAAACAAUAA